GUUACUUCCUCUUCUGCUGCGUGUCACUACCAACUAUUUACUUUCUACCACAUGCUUAGCUGACACUCGAAGAACGACGUGUGUGUUAACAGUGUUUUAGUUUGUUUAAGACUCUCGGAAGAUUUGAAAAUUUGGUAUCAUGGAUGGAGAUAUUCUGUCCUUGUCGUCCAUUUCGACAUUAUCAUCCUCAUCAGAAACAGGAACACAAAAAGAAACUUCACCAAGUGGCAGCAGCCUCACUCAGAACCAACAGGAAGACAAAUCCCCUGAAAUAUGGACAGCAGAGGUGAGUCCUGUGGGUGACAGACUGCUGUCCACAGAGGAGCAGGUCACUCUGAUCACAGAGAGUAUGUCUGUAACCUCUGCUGACCAGGAGAAACUGCUGCUGCUCAACAGGAACACUGAGCUUCGCAGAGUCAACAAAGAGCUGAUGAAGCUGAAUGAGGAAUGGGACCAGGUGUACCGCAGUGCCACACUGGGUCUGCAGCACCGACUUCAGGCUCUGGAGCUGGAAAGCGCUGCCAUCAAACAGCUGAACAGUAGACUAUUGCUCAAAGUGGAGCACCAACAGAGCGCAAAGGAGUACUAUGAGCAGGCGUUGAUGCAGGAACUGAAGAAGAACCAGGAGCUGCAGGAGUACAUCAGACUGCUGGAAAACAGGAUGCAUGCAGACAAAGACUGCACAGCUGCAAAACAGGCUGGCUUUACUGCUGUGGUACGUGGUCCUGUGUCAUGCCCCAACAGUAAUCCUCCUGGAGGUCCUGGUCCUUUACCUGGAUACAACCCCUCAUCCUCCUUCUUCCCAGCCUCUUCAAACCAUGAGGCAGAGCAGCAAAGAAAAAGUCAGAGCAGCAGCACCCAACCAGGAGCUCUUGGAGACUCACAGCAUGAAGUGCAGAAUCUAAAAGAACAGCUGGAGGCUCUGAAGUGUCAGACCCAGAUUUAUGAAGCAGAGUAUGAGACGGAGCACAACGACCACAAACACACUCUGCAGGAGAACCGCAAACUGAGGAAGAAGAGGGAGGAGAUGCGCCAACAGGUGGCACUCCUGCAAGAGCAGCUCAAGGUAUAUGAGGAUGACUUCCGACGGGAGCGGUCUGACAAACAGAUGCUGCAGCGGCUGUUGUUGAAGAAAACACCCACCAAAAAGGACCCAGUGCUGAUCCACCGCUGCAAUAAUGAGCAGGAGCCACUAGGGGGAGACAAUAGGACACAAAGUGGAGAAAAAAGAAAACAACACCACCCACUCUGCCCUAAGCACCCUAAUAGGGACAAAGAGGAAUGAAAAAAAGUCAUGCACAAAGCAGAUUCUGUUUUAUAUUCUUAUCAACAUUAUAAAUUGAGUGACACUUAAAGUUGAUAAAAAAUUGGACUCUUCUUACAUUUUUAUUGUAACUAACAGCACUUUUAUAUCAUCAUAGUAGAACAAAAUAGUACUUGUGAAUGGGUUUGUUCUUUGGUUUCCAGGCAUGAAUACAUUUGCCAUCUGGUGGUCAAAUUCAUUGUUUGCUAUUUUCUGCCCAAACCUCCAUAAUAAGGUUACACUUAAAUUGUAGAAUAUAGUUUAUUUUUCUUAUGUAUACUACUGAACAGAAAUUGUUGCCAGCAUGUGUUCCUAUUAAACUAUAUAUGUAAUUGUCUUGUAUGUCAUCUUCUAAUAUAUGCAAUAAAUAAUAUAGUAAUGUCUGA